UUCCCCAAGUCAUCACGACGGCGCAGAAAAGAGGAAAGCAGAGAGUACGGGAGACGAAGGAAGCUAGAGAAAAUCUCCGGGCGGCAGCCAUGGCGGCUGUGAAAGGAGGCGCCUCUUGAAACACCGAGAUCGGAUCCAAGAAAUCGACAACAAAAGUCCAAAAAAGAAGAACAUCCAUCGUCCCUCCUCCCCCACUGCGUUAUUGAUCGGGAAAAACAACCGAAGAGGAAGAAAAUUUUGAUGAAGUGCAUUCCUCGUACCCGUUGCUGCCGCUACUACAGCAAGUCAUAUCACUUUCGCAAGGUUUGGGGACUAGGCCAAAUACCAGAUGAGCUUGUCAAAAAAAAGUCAACUUGAAGUGGUUCUGUUUAUUAUCCUAAAAGUUGCCAUCUAUUCCCUACUAAAAUUGCCAUGCACUGAAGCCUACUCAUUCCAUUUGCUAAUGCAGGUCAACACCCUACAGAGGUGGAUGAAAAUGGAUCCAACCCCACUCAAAAUGUGCUGCAUCCAGUUUUAAGACAAGAUCCAUACACUACAAGGCAGCCUUGCCAGUUUGCACAAAAAGACGGUAGUUGAGCCCAUGCGAUACAGCAACAAGCGAUGCCGGGAGGUAUGAACACUAUGGGUCGCUCUGCGCCCACUAUAAAUGUCGGUGCUAGCACAUUGCCACCAGAGCCAAUGUUGCAUAGAUCAACUGAAGAAAGGGCAGAUGGCGGAGAAAACAAUGAAGAUAAUGAUGAUGAUGCUGAUGAUGGGAUUUCACCGCCUAAGAAACCUGAGGUCAACAUGAGAUUCGACAGCAUUGAAGCUGCACAGCAACACUAUGUCAAUUAUGCGAGGUGGAACGGCUUUGGGAUAAGGAUUGACUACCAGAGACCCACUAAAAGUGGCGAAACAAGUCGAACCCAGUUUGUGUGCUACAAAGUGGGCAAGAACAAGAAGGCCAAAGAAGACACACAGCGGCCCGAGUCGGUCGUUCCAAAAAGGAAGAGAGGCAUAACAGAAAUAACAGGAUGCCGUGCAAGAAUGAAGAUUAAGCUUGAUGGUGCGGCAUAUAUCGUGGAAAAAUUUGAGGAAGAACAUAAUCACCCCGUGAUCAAAAAGUUUGAUCUGUGCAAAUACUUGAGGUCACACCGACACAUUCCAAGAGAGGAAAGACAGUUUGUCAAACUGCUACAUGAAUGCAACCUCCGGACGAGCCAAAUGAUGCAGCUCCUAUCCCACCUCCAUGGCACACUGAACGAUCUUACUUACACGAGGACAGACAUGGCUAACUUCAAGGCAGCGCUGCGGAGGGAGCACACUGUGAUGGACAUGCAGCACAAGCUUCGGUAUUUCGAGCAGCUCAAGAAGGAGGACGGUGACUUUUUUUAUAGCUUCGAGAUGGAUGACGAGGACAAGGUUAUCAACUUGUAUUGGGUCGAUGGAGAAGCGAGAAGGUCGUACAAAUAUUACAGCGACUGCAUCUCCUUUGACACAACUUAUUUGACGAACAAAUGCAACAUGCCCUGCGCACCUUUUAUUGGUAUAAACAACCAUGGGCAGUCCGUUCAGUUUGGUUGUGGUUUCCUGAGGAACGAAGACACCUUGAGCUUUGUGUGGCUAUUCAAAACAUUCUUGGAAGCAAUGGAUGGGAUAGCUCCGGUGAAUAUCAUAACUGACCAAGACUUUGCUAUGCGGAACGGAAUAAGUGAAGUUUUCCUGGAUGCGACACACAGGAAUUGCCGCUGGCACAUUAUGAAGAAAGCGCAGGAAAAGCUGGGGGGAUUCAUGGGGAGAAACCUGGAGCUGCGUGCUGAUUUUGAAGAUUGCAUUGACAACAGCUUUACACCGGAGGAGUUUGAGUGGAAAUGGAACGCGAUGAUCGAAAAGUACCAAGUACAUGACAAUGAAGACCUGGCAGCUCUAUGGGAAAACAGGACUAGUUGGGUCCCUGCAUACUUCAUGAUGAAUUUCUACCCCUUCUUACAGUCGACACAACGAAGCGAGGGGUUCAACGCAGUGUUGAAGAGAUAUGUCAGCCCCAGUAAUUCUAUAUUUGACUUUGCAUGGCAGUACACAGUUCUGCAGCAAAAGAUACUGGGCGUGGAGAGACAAGCUGAAGCUGAAACAGCGCUUACCGUCCCAAAGAAAUGGGGGUUCAGCACACUUGAAGAGCAAGUGAAGCUGAUAUACACAAGGAGGAUGUUCAACAGGUUCCAAGAGAAACUCCAGCUGACCUCCUCAUACCAUUGCCAGCGGACAGGGGCGACCAUGUAUGAGGCCGUGUCAAUGACGGGGCAUUCGGGGCAGCAAGACAUACCGUGGUUGGCAGCAGAUAUAGCAACAUGCAUGUACUCUUGUGAAUGCUGCAAAUUUGAUAGGGAUGGCAUUGUGUGCUGCCACAUUCUUAGAGUCAUGCAACAUGAAGGGGUCAGAGUCCUGCCGCAACACUACAUUCUCAAGAGGUGGACCUGGAAUGCAGAUGUCGCACUUGGGCCGCAUGGUACACAGCAACUAAACACCGCACAGCAGGAGAUGCCGGAAGAUUCCAGGAAAUUGAUGCGUUAUGCAACGAUGAACAAGGGUUUGAGUGAUAUUGCUAAAGACGCUUGUUAUGGUCAGGAUGUGACAAAAAUAGUGGAAAGGCACAUGAAGGCAAUGAGGAGCGAGCUGGCUGCGCUAAAGAAAAGAGAAGAAAAAGAUGCUAGAGCUAGAGAAGCAAUGGGAAUGUCUAGGAGACAAGGACUUCUGCCAGAAGGAUCUACGUCAGGUGCUAGACCAGAAGGAUCGGUGUCAGCGGCUGCGCAACAGGGGUCUACGUCAGAGGCGGCGCCGGUAGGAUCUGCCACAGGGACUGCGACUGAAGGAUCUGCCGCAGGGGCUAGGGAAGAAGGCAGGGGGAAUACAAUGGAGGACGCUACGCCAAGUGAAAAUGUGACACAGGAAGUAUCCGCUGCAUCCAACGGGGUUGGAAUUAGGGAUCCGCCAAUGACUGCCACAAAGGGGAGGCCCAGGGAGAGGCGCUACAAAUCACCAUUGGAUAUCGAACCAAAAGCACCGAAGAAACGAGGCCGUUGCAAAAUCUGCAGGUCUGCUGAGCAUGACGCAAGGACAUGCCCGCAAAAGAUGGCAAAUCGCGCGACAUGCACUUAGAGGGAGCGUGGGUAGACAUGUUCCUCUACUUAUAUAUCUGUAUGGCAGCUAGCGUUAUGAUCUGGAGCAUAAUAACCAUGAUAUAAAAAGGAAAAUUAGACGCAAGUUGUUGAAUGACAUGCUUAAAAACUAGCAUGUACAGUGAUAUGAUAGUUGAAACCGUUUUUAAAU